UUUUUAAUUUCUAGUUUCUGAAUAGUUAGUCACCAGAAAUCGAACCUUAAAGAUGUGCCCCCAGUAAGACAGAGUCUGAUUUAGUCCAAGAGCUCAAAAGACUCUGCUUUCUUAAGCUUUCAAAUCCACGCGUUAGGGCUCUUAAAUCUCUGUUAGGGUUUGCUUGCAUGUUCCUUUUGGGUUGGGAAAUGUUGAAUUUUCAUUUCGUCCCUGUUGGUUUUUGUUCCUAUUAUCCAAGUUAAACUGUAUUUUGAGCGAAGAAGAGGCUGCUUUUUGUUGUAGCCUUUUCAUUAGUCUGGUUUGCAAAUGGGCAAGGAAGAAACGGCUACUGAAAUUCCUGAAGUAGUUGAAAAUGGGACUAAUGCAUUAGAGAAAUGCAGUAAAGUUGUGACAGAGAAAAAAGAAAAGGAAAGUAGUGAAUUGAAAUCAAUGGAUGAAGAUAAAGUUGAUAGUGAAAAAGCUGAGACUGAGAAGAUGGAUGAAGACCCCAAGGUGAAUGAAGAAAAGGAGAGUAAAGAAGAAAAAGAAAAGGAAGAUGAAGAAAAAGGAAAUGAGGAACCCAUAACUGAAGUAGAGGAAGAAAAAACUGAAUUAAUAAAAGAAGAAACUGGGUCAAAAGGUGAUGCAGAAGUUGAAGGAAAUGAGGAAAGCAAAGAACUGGAGGAGAAGGUUGACAGGUCUGAAGAGAAAGAAGAGAAGACAGAGCAAAAUGAGGAUAAGGGUGUAAAGAAACGUGGUAGAGGGAGGAGUAGUGGGGAGAAGAAGGUUGUCAGGGAGAAAGGUGAGAAGAAGGAGCCUGAGCCAAGGACUCCUGCCUCUGACAGGCCACAACGGGAGCGCAAAUCUGUUGAAAGGCUGGUGGCAUCUAUUGAGAGAGAUGCAACCAAGGAAUUCCAUAUAGAAAAGUUCCCUUGGAAAUUGCAGGGCCGUGGCACCCCACUGAAAGAUAUCCCUAAUGUUGCAUUCAAGUUAUCCAGAAGGAAGACUGAUGAUACCUUUAAGCUGCUUCAUUCAAUUCUCUUUGGGAGGAGAGGGAAGGCAAUUCUGAUCAAGAGUAAUAUAUCCCGUUUCUCUGGCUUUGCGUGGCAUGAAAAUGAGGAAAAGCCAAAGAUGAGAGUAAAAGAAAAAUUUGACAAGUGUAAUAAAGAAAAAUUGUUGGAAUUUUGUGAUUUACUCGACAUACCAGUGGCCAAGGCAACUACAAAGAAGGAAGAUAUUGUAACAAAGCUGAUAGACUUUUUGUUGGCCCCUCAUGCUACAACUGCUGUGCUACUUGCAGAAAAAGAAAAGGCAACUAAGAGCAAAAAGCGCAAGAGAGGGACCAAAACCUCAGCCUCUGGGAGUGUGUCUUCAACAAGUUCAGCAAAGAGUCGAAAAAAGGCUGAGGAUGCCUCAAAAUAUGAUAAAAAAGAUACAUCUGAUACAGAAGAGUCGGAAGAAGAAAAAGAAGAGGAGGAAGAAGAAGAAAUAAAAGAGGAAAAUGACAAUGGUCUUCCAGAGAAAUCUGAUGCUGAGAUGCCUGAACAUUCUGAAAAUGAGUCUGAAGAGGAAUCUGAAGAAGAUGUUGAUAAACAUAAAAGAAGCUCAAGAACAUCUAGAAAGAAGGAAUCUACUGGAAAAGCUAAAACUAGGAACCUCACAAUUUCCAUUAAAUGCAGUCCUCCACCAAAAGCCUCGCCUAAAAAAUCUUCAUCAAAACAUGCAGAAGUGGAUGAUGAUAGUGACGGAACUCCAAAAAUUUCAUCAAGGAAGAAGAAAAAUGAUAAAGUAGCAAAGGAGAAGUCCUCAACUCCUAAAAAAUAUCCUUCCAAAGAGAAAGCAGGUAGAAGGACUGCAAAAGGGAAUGAGAAGGCUGAAGUGAAAGAGGAUAAACUGAAGCCAACUGAUGAUGAGCUUAGAGAUGCCAUAUGUGAAAUCCUUAAGGAGGUGGAUUUUAACACGGCUACAUUCACUGACAUUCUGAAGCAACUUGCUCGGCGAUUUGAUACUGAUCUGAGCCUAAGAAAGUCAUCUGUCAAACUUAUGAUCCAAGAAGAACUUACCAAACUAGCUGAUGAUGAAGAUGGAGAUGAUGAUGCUGAGAAGGAUGAAAACCAACCUACUGGUCAAGAGGUUGAAGCCUGAAACUUGUAUCAUGGGAUGAUGACUGCCAGAAAAUAGUGUAGCUACAUGUAUAUGUUUAUCUCAGUAGUUGUGCGCGCAUGUAAUACUAGGUUUGUUAGCAAAGCCAGUUAUGUAAUUUAGCGUUAGUGUUUAAUCGACUUGCAAAGCAAAAACAAGUGUUUAUUAGGAAAUGUAGAGCAGGUGAAACUACUUGGAUCUGUAAUCAAUGAUAGCUCAUGUUGUGUACACUUUAACAGAAUACAUAAGGCUUUUCUUUUGGUUCC